ACAAAUAAACAGUUAAAUUUAGUCACUUGGUCUAGUUAAUUAUUUUAUGGUUGAGAUAGGCUUAAAAAUUAAUUAAUAAGUUAUUUACAAACAUAUACCUAGAUUUAGUGAAUUAUAUUUAUUACAAAUAUUGCACAAUGGGUUUAUUUCAAAAAUUAGUUAGUUUUCUAGGUGUUGGACGAAAAGAAGUAAAUGUUCUAGUAGUGGGCUUGAACAAUAGUGGAAAAUCCACUGUAGUGAACAAUUUUAAAAGUGAUGAUGAUAAAGUCACUGAUAUUGUACCUACUGUUGGAUUUAGCGUGGAAAGAUUCCAAAAACAAAAUCUAGCCUUCACUGCCUUUGAUAUGUCUGGCCAUGGAAGAUACAGAGAUCUAUGGGAACAUUAUUACAAAGACUGCCAUGGAAUCAUUUUCGUAAUAGAUAGCAGUGACCGGUUAAGAUUAGUUGUAGUUAAAGAGGAGUUAGACCUUCUUCUUCAGCACCCCGACAUUUGCCAAAAGAAAAUACCUAUUCUGUUCUUCGCCAAUAAAAUGGACUGCAAAGAAGCCCUGAGUAGCGUUAAAAUAGCAGCAGCUUUGGGUCUGGACAAAAUCAUGGAUAAACCUUGGCAUAUCUCGGCUAGUAAUGCUUUAACUGGUGAAGGUUUACAAGAAGGAGUAGAAUGGUUGACGCAGCAAAUCAGAGAAUUAUUAAGUGUGAAGAACUAAUACAAACUAAAUUUUAUUGAAAGUAAUAAUAAAAUACUGCAUAUCUUUAA